AACUCACAUGGAAACAGCCCCCAUGACUGUAUAUAAAAGCUCAAAGAAACCAUCGGGCGCCUGGUCCACAUUCUGUUCUUUGACGGUUGCCCACAGCGGAGGCCACGUUUCCCCGCCACCAUGUCGCUCCGGUUUUCUGGCGGGUCCAGGCGCUCUUGCUUGCAGUCUGGAGCUGGGUCUGUCAGACCACCCAGCGGAGGUUUGGCAGGCAGCAGUGCAGGCGGCAGCUCGGUGGCUAGCGGUGGAUUUUCCUGUGCCCUGGGGAUCCCCAAUGUUGGGGGCCAUGCGGGAGGCGCCCUUGGAAAUACUGCUGGAAAUGAACGAGGACUCCUCUCGGGGAACGAAAAGGUGACUAUGCAAAAUCUCAACGACCGCCUGGCAUCCUACCUGGAUAAUGUGCGGGCUCUGGAGGAGGCAAAUGCUGAACUGGAGAGAAAGAUCAAGAGUUGGUAUGAAAAAUACGGACCUGGGUCUUGCCGUGGACUUGAUCAUGACUACAGCAGAUAUCACCUAACGAUCGAGGAUCUGAAAAAUAAGAUUAUCUCUUCCACUGCUGCUAAUGCUAAUGUCAUUCUGCAGAUAGAUAAUGCCAGACUGGCUGCUGAUGACUUCCGGCUAAAGUAUGAAAACGAGCUCACCCUUCACCAAAACGUAGAGGCAGACAUCAAUGGGUUAAGGUGGGUUCUGGACGAGCUGACGCUUUGCAGGACGGACCAGGAGCUGCAGUAUGAGUCCCUGAGUGAAGAGAUGACCUACCUCAAGAAGAACCACGAAGAGGAAAUGCAGGCUCUGCAGUGCGCGGCUGGAGGCAACGUGAACGUGGAGAUGAACGCCGCCCCCGGGGUGGACCUCACGGGGCUGCUGGGCAACAUGCGAGCUGAGUACGAGGCCCUGGCUGAGCAGAACCGCCGGGAUGCCGAGGCCUGGUUCCAGGAGAAGAAACGCUCCCUGGAGUGCUCCUUGACAGAGACUGAAGGCAACUACUGCACGCAGCUGGCGCAAAUCCAGGCUCAGAUUGGGGCCCUGGAGGAGCAGCUGCACCAGGUCAGGACUGAGACGGAGGGCCAGAAACUGGAGUAUGAGCAGCUCCUGGACAUCAAGGUCCACCUGGAGAAGGAAAUUGAGACCUACUGCCGCCUGAUAGACGGAGAUGGGAAUUCAUGCUCCAAAUCAACAAGCUUUGGAUCAGAAAAUUCAGGAAAUUCAUCUAAAGAUUUAGCCAAAACCACGCUGGUAAAGACGGUGGUGGAAGAGAUAGAUCAACGUGGUAAAGUUCUUUCAUCCAGAAUUCACUCCAUUGAGGAAAAGACAUCUAAAAUAGUCAAUGGCAAGACAGAACAAAGGGUUCCCUUCUAGCUCUCAUUUUAGAGAAAAAAAUAAUAUUUUGAGAAAAGAUCUGGCACCACUGAAUUAUUUUAAAUAUGAGAGAGAAAUAUAAAACACUUUCUACUCUUAAAGUUCCUUAGCAAAAAUACCUGUUUUCUUAAUAACCUUUUCAGGUUGUUGGGUGUUUGGUUUCAAAUAAAUAAAAAAGUUGAUGUGCACACA